GGGAUUCUGUGCUAGGACAGUGUGGUGCCUCUCAGCAUCGUCUGCGUGUCCCUAGUGCUCCCAGCUCACCAGGGCUGUCCCAGCCCCAUCCUGGGAAAGGACUGCCGAUGGGCAAGAGCAGCGUUGCUUUUGCUCGCCUGGAUCUCACUGGAACACCAGGGAGGGUCUGAGGUCACAAGUGGGAGGUUCCACCCGUGUCCCCCGCUGUGAGCAGGACAAGGAGCCGGGAGGGAUCUCCAGGGUGGAGGCGGCGCGGAGCCAUGUCCCAGGACAGGUGGACCAAUCCCAGGGAGCGGCGCCCUGGCGACUGGUUUGCUCAUGUUGGAGAGUGCCAGGAUGAGUUUGAGACAACGACAAGCGCCGCACAAAGACAUGUCCUGGACUCCACAGCAGCUCAGGGCAUUGAUCACAGAUUGCCUCUGGAAUACAAAGCUCGGGACCCGAAAGCAGGGAACAAGAAUUUCCCAUUUUCUUCUCAUGACAACAAACACAGCCUAUGUAAUGCAGCAGAGUAUUUUGAUCUUGGCAUGGGCCUUAAGAAGUUGGAUCCAGACAAACAGCAAGGGAGCUCCACUAACUUCUUUGAGUGGGCUCAUGAAUCCAUCCCUAGCAGCGAGGAUGGCUUAACCAUUUACCAGACAUCCUUUGUGAUAGAUGAAAACAAUGAAAACACUGAGGGCCCCUGGUUUAGGCGGUUCCCAAAACACCACGGCACAAACUGGUGCAUUGAGCAACCUGUUCUUGAGAAUGCAAAAAACCUGCAGCCAGACAAGUCAUCUUAAGUGUAAAAACACCCCUGGAGCACUGGCUUCCCAAAUCUGAACUGUUCAUUACUCAAAUCAAUGGUGAAGGAAUAAACAUUUUGGCAAAGUUCA